AUGAAAUCCAUCUUCAUAUACCCUUUUGCAUACUUGGCUCUUUGGCUUUUUCCAUUCAUUCUCCAAACCACCCAAGUCAACUAUGAAUUCCACCACCACCCCAUCUACUGGCUCAAUUGUAUGGGAGCAUUCUUCCAACCACUCAACGGGUUUGUGGAUACUUUGGUUUUCUUCUAUCGAGAGCAGCCAUGGAAAUAUACCAUUUUGAGAAACUUUGAAAAAGAGUAUGUUCAGAAUAUGAACCAAACUGUCUUCCUGACCCACAGUUCGAGCUCAAUGGCUACCAGUGCAAAGCUCACAUCACAAUCACUCUGCGCCGGUAUGAUCGAUUACAGCACAUACCCUCGUUGGCGCAGAAUUUUGGCCCGGCUCCACCUUCCAUUUUUCACAUUACCAACGCCAGAAAACAUGUCCAAACUCCAGGAACAUUAUCUUCACGCCCGGUUCCGGCGUCCUUCCAUACAUAACCUGCGUUCAGCGCAAAUAGUCAAAUCGUCCGCUCCAAUAGCUCCAUUGGACGGUCAUGAUUUCUCCAAUAUUUUACUUGACGAAUCGGGCGAAAAUACAAUUCUGCCCUACACCGCCAGCCUCGAGAAAUUCACUCUUGAUUUUAAUAGGAGAAACUCCCAAGGGUCAAAUUCUGUUGGUAUACCUGCCAGUUACAAUGGAUAUCAUCGACGGGGAAGCUUGAUAUCUUCUGACAGGUCACACCGAUCGCGUCAAAUGAGUACCGUCGACCCCAACGAGCCCAUAAUUGACGAGAAUCAAGAACUAGGAAGCCAAGAUAAUUCAGGACUCAAGCCCAAUUACAAGUACGGCAGACCCUUAAGGACAAGCACAUCUUCUGCAACCAAAGAAGAAAAAGAAAUGGACUUUAUGGAAUUUUUGAGUCACUAG